UCUCGUAAGAGAGAGACAGAGCUAAUUGCAUAAUAUUCAAAAGUCUAAACUUUUUUAUAACCAACACAUUCCUCCAAAAUAUGUAUAUUCUUAUCUCAACUAUCCCUCUGCACAGCUGUAUUUCAAAUUUUUUAUUCACAAAUUUUCAGUUUUAUAAGCAUAAUUUCAACCCCAUAUAACCAAAAUCAGAUUGCAAUCCAUUUAAAGUUCAAAAACUUGUCGACUCUGGUAGAUAUUUUCUUUCCAGAUAGACUAAAAAAUAGGCAUGUUUUGCUUCCUAAGCCUAACCCAUCUCUGCAACUGAUUCAAACUUGACAACUCUUGAGUUUGUAAAAAAUGGGCAAGUUUUGCUUUCUAAGCCUGACCCAUCUCUGCACCUGAUUCCAUUAGGCCAGAGCCUCUGUUUUCUUAGCAUACCAUCUAUCCUAUCAGGGUGUUCUAAUGGAGUUCUUGCGUUCAUCUUCAUCGCUAUUAAUUCUUUCUCUUUGCUCUUUUCUCCUCUCAUUUCUGGUUUUUAGAUCCCAAGCUCAAGCAACACUCGACCCAAAUGAAGCCGUGGCUCUGAGAUCAUUGUCAGAAAAAUGGGGUAUUUCUUCUUCAGCUAGCUGGAAUAUCAGUGGUGAACCUUGCAGUGGAACCGCCAUUGAUACUUCAAAGAUUGAAGACAACAACCCUGCAAUUAAGUGCUCUUGCACUAGCACUACUUGCCAUAUUACACACAUGAGAGUCUAUGCCAUGAGCCUUAACGGAAGCUUUCCGGAAGAGAUUGGGAAUCUGACUUCCCUCACAAAUUUGAACCUCGCUCAAAACUAUCUAACCGGCCCUUUACCAGCAUUUAUUGGAAAUCUUGCCUCUAUGCAGUACUUGACCUUGGGUAUCAACAUGCUAUCUGGAACUGUUCCGAUGGAGCUUGGCAGUUUUCGAGAUAUACGCAUACUGUAUGGCUUCUCCUUUCAAUUUCUAGUUAUUGUUUUCGUCAUUGAUUUCAAUGGACAUGGAAAUUCUUCUUGCAGCAUAGCACCCAUAAGCACAUAACUAUCAGAAAUAUGUUUUAACUUCAAGAGGUUUAACCUUUAAGAUAUUGUUUAUUUUAGAUGAUAUUAACUCAUUGAGUGACUAACAUUUUUUUUUUGAUUAAAACCAUCCAAAAGUUGGCCCCAAAAUUAAAUAUUAUAUACAAAACUAAAAUUAGAAAUUUCUUGAGAAUGUAAUAUUCUUAUUAACUGGGGUCAAAGCAUCCGAAUUCUAGCAAUACUAUGUCUGUGAGUGUAAUACAUAAGGGGUUUUUCAUAAUUUUCUCUUUGGAUGACAAUCCCCUUGUCCAGUAUAGGAAAUGGCGUAUCAACAUCAUCAUCGUGUGAGCCUUAUCCCAACCAUUUCGGUUUGGCUAUACGAAUCAUGUUCCGCCAUUUCGAUGUAUCAAGGGCCAUAUCCCUAGUCGGAUCAUAAGUUACCAUAUCUCUUUUUACUACUUCUAUCCAUGUUUAUUUAAAAAAUUGCAAAUGCGACCUAAUGUUUUAAUUUGAAAGACCUACAAUGAUACGUCCCAACACUGAUACUCUUAGUGGACCCAUUUCGUUCUGGUUUUGAGAGGAUACCUCUUUUGAGAAAGCCGAUAUUUCUAGCGAUUUAAAAAUUAAAAUAUGGGUUGUUUCUUAAAUUUAAUAUCCAUCUCUAUUUUGAGAUCGAAAAUAUAGUAUUCUCCAUCUCUCUCUCUCUCUCUCUCUCUCUAAGAUUGAGAACAGCCAGCAAUCUAGGAAAAAGUAAAGAAACAGAUCGACGAUUGAGGACCCACAUUAAGGCCACAAGCCAACAUGGGGGACAUGGGGAAAACAUGCCAAGCAAGAAGUUAAAAAGAAAUCCAUAAGUAUUUUGGAUGGUGUUUGAAAUUUUUUUAUAUUCUUGUUUUCUUCAUUUUUUGCAAUAUGAUGUAUUAUGAAAUUCUCCUUGCAAACCAAUGCUUCAUUUUUUUUUUUUGUAAAUUCUGUAUUGGUUAUGACAUUUGAGAGGUUAUCCAUGUUGUCCAUAGGAACCAAUUUGGUGGAGAGGAUUUUUAUCUGAUUUGAGAGGUCAUCUAUUUUGAUAGGAUAUCACUUUACACACACAUUUACAUGACCUAUAUUUUGUUGUUCUAUUUCCUAUAUGUUAUUUGAAUGGAUUAGACAUAUUAUUUGGAUGUUUCUCGUUGGGAAAACAUUGGUUGGACAACCAUCUCACUGCAUACUUAUUUAUGUAAUAAUAUAAUGUAUGUGCACUAUCUUUUGAAUGAGUGUGUUGAGUGGUUCCAAUUGGUAAAACUUUUAACACGUUUAAAGCUGCAAAUAUUGGACCCCUCGCUUCUUUCUCCUCCUUAAUUUGUGAUGUUCCUUGAAAAGCAGAUUACUGAUGUACUGUGUAUCAUAUAGUGUUGUAAACCCUGCUAAGUCAUUUAUACUUGCAACCACGUCAAGUCAUUUAUACUUUGCAUCAGAUGUCUUAUUUGAAUUGCUAACUGGCUACUGAAACUACUCUCUCUCUCUCUCUCUCUCUCUCUCU